AUGGCGGACACUGGGAGCAAUGAGAACUUCGAGGCGAGGAUGCCACCAUCUCAGGCUACCUGCUCAGCACAGCACGCUAAGAUGGAACAACUGGGCUAUUACUUUGACCCGGAGAAGAAACGCUACUUCAAGAUUGAGAAAGGCAAGAAUGCUCCAGGCUCUGUGUGGACUCUUGAUAAGGUCAAGAAGCGCAAACUCGAAGACGAACAGGCGGCGUCUGCGUUGCGACGCCUGAACCUGAAUAAGGGGCGGAUCAAGCGUGCGCGUGCGCUGAACGAUACCAUCGCCGGCGGCUUCUUUGCCCGUGAAUAUGGCAUCAAGAACGAUGACCUCCCCGUGGCUGGUUAUGCUAGCGGGUUGGUCGAUAAGGGGUCAAUAUCUCUCGUGAAUGAGCUUGGCCCCACUGACUGCCAUCACAUCAACGCCAUGUGUAUCUCACCUGGCGAUGAAUGGUCGGGUCUUGGUGUUGGAUUUGUUUCCCUGAACUGGUCUCAAUUGCUCUCUACUUAUAUACCACGAGACAAAAAUGGCAGAAUUCAACGGUCACUUCUCGCAAACUAUCGGACACCGUUCCAUCAGAUGGGGCCUUGGGUAGAAUUUGGCUGUCGUCAGAUAUCGGACAUGAAAUUCGACCAUCGUCGUAAUGCCAUCCUCCUGACACAGCGUGAACCCUCACGCAAUGCGGCAGUGGUCAUGCAUCGAAUUCAGGAGGCAGAUACCUACGGCGAUACCAAAAUGCCACGCCUACAACUCGGAGUUCGUUCGAAGACUUCCAGAGCAAUGGCUCCCAUGUUUGUAGAGGACCUAAGCCGUGCGGGGGAGUACCAGUCCAACUGCCUUGCUGUCGGGCCUGACUGGGCGAGCAACAUCCUCUGCGCCGUAGGCACCAACAGAGGUAUUAUGCAGCACAAGGGGAACAGACUCGAGUGGCUUGCACCACACAUCAAUUCCAGCAAGAAGAGCCGAAAAGAUAAUGCGUUUCGCGACAUCUUUUCUGUAGCUUAUCUGAAGAGCCAUGAUCAAGUUAUCUUGGCCGGAGGCCGUCCCGGUCGCUGCUUUCUUGCAGAUACACGCGCCAUCGACAAAACAUGGCUGUCUUUCCAACAUGCAAGCACCAUCACACACAUAAAGCCACUCGAUGACAAGUAUGUCCUCGUGAGUGGUGUGCGCGACAAGAUGUGUAUCUACGAUAUACGCUCGGUCAAGAAAGGCACCUUCCCUCGGCCCAAGCCCGAAUCUCCGAGAUUCGUUGACUGGUCAGAACAUGCGAGAGCCGUCGUUUCUUUCCCGGAGUACAAGAACAAGGCUCAUAUAGAUCAUGGCCUUGACGUCGAUGUAGAUAUGGGUCUUGUUGCAGCUGCUCAUGACAAUGGAGACGUCGCACUGUUUUCGACCAAGACGGGACACCGCCUGAAGAGUCCGGGUGUGGGCGAUUUUUCUCGCCAGGCGGGCGAGCAUAUCAAGGCCUUGCAAUUUCAGAGACUUCCCGGAGACACGACGCCUUCCUUGUUCGCCGGAGUCGGGGAGAAAAUCCACAUGCGUUCUUUCGGCGCCGGCUCACUCAAGGAGGAGGCAUAG